AUGUCCAUGCCCACCAACAAGGCUCCAGGCAAAGAUAAAGUAAGCAUGUGCAUUAUUAAGGACUGCUUACCAGUCAUCCUCGGACCAUUAACAGAUAUUAUUAAUGCUUCACUGACUUCUUCUGCGUUCCCACAAUCUUGGAAGGAGGUGGAAGUUAUUCCACUAAUAAAGGAGGGUGAUCAUGAACUACCAUCCAACAAUCAUCCCCUUUCCUUACUUAUAGUUGUGUCAAAAAUUUGCGAGAAGGUCGUUUCAUGCCAAUUUACAACAUUUUUGUUCCAUAAUGAAUGUCUGACAUCGCAUCAAAGCGGUAACAGAAGAUAUCAUUCCUCGGAAACUUUGAACGUUUUGGUUGAUGAUAUCAUAUUGGAAGCUAUGGACCAGAAAUCUGUAACUGCACUUAUACUAUUAGAUUUAUCGAAGGCAUUUGAUAGCGUACAUCACCCAACAUUGCUUAACAAGCUAAGACACAUUGGCGCAUUUCCUGAGGUAUUGAAGUGGUUCGAAAGCUACUUAACGGGCAGAUCACAAUUUGUCCGUAUUGGAACGUCUGUUUCGUCAUCUCUUAACAUCACUCACGGGGUUCCACAGGGUGCUAUUUUAUCUCCACUCUUGUUUAGCAUCUAUGUAAACGAGUUACCACUGGCCCCACGUCACAGCUCCCUUAAUUCAUAUGUUGAUGAUUCAAAGAUGUUCUUGUCAUUUCGUGUUAAUGACGCGACUGACACAAAAGAGUACCUUCAGGAAGAUCUCAGCCGAGUAGCAAAGUGCUGCUCUGAACUUCAUCUACUUAUUAACCCGAAGAAAACCAAGUAUUUACUUAUCGGAACGCGACAACAGUUACAAAAUCUCCCUACAGAUAUGUGCCUAAAUUUUCUAGGUGAAACUAUCAGGCCAGUUCCUUCAGCCAAGGAUUUAGGAUUAAUAAGGGACACCAACAUGUCAUACGAUUGCCAUAUCACUGAAUUAGUCUCCUCUUGCAUGUCCAAAUUGUCACAGAUCAACCGAGUAAGCAAAUAUUUUGAUAAAGAAACUAUAUCCCUCUUGGUAUCAGCAUUGGUAAUGAAUAAACUCCUUUAUUGCUCCUCUGCUUGGUCGAACACUUCAGCCAAAAAUAUUAACAAGCUACAACUGGUACAAAACUUCGCGUGUAGGAUCGUGACAAACAGCAAGAAGUUCGAUCAUAUCUCACAAAAACUGCAAGAACUGAAUUGGCUUACAGUUAAGGAACACAUACUUUUUAGAGAUACAGUUUUGAUGUACAAGUGUAUUAACAAUCUAGCCCCACCUUACUUGUGCAAUAAAUUUAGUAAACGAUCAAAUAUACAUGAAUGUAACACUCGUAAACGAGAGCUCCUCCAAAUACCGAUUUAUAAUACCACCACUGGCCAGAGAACAUUUCAUUAUAGAGGGGUGAAACUAUGGAAUGAUCUGGACAAUAACACGAAACAAAUGCCAUCUUUGAGAAGUUUUAAGAAUAAAUUAAAGAAAGACAUGUUAGACAGACUGUAUUCUUAG